CCCGCGGUGCGGCCAUGCUGGGGCCGCGCGGCGCCGCCGGGGCCUGGCGGGGCCUGCGGGGCCUGCUCUGCCCGCGGGCCCGGGCGGCGGGCGGGGCCGGCGGCUGGCGGGGCCCGCCGCUCAAGACGCCGAAGGGCACGCGCGAUCAUCCCCCCGCCCACGUGGUGCUCCGCGACCGGCUCCUCGCCGCCGUGGUGGCCGUCUUCAAGCGGCACGGGGCGGCCGCCAUCGACACCCCCGCGCUGGAGCUGCAGGAGACGCUGAUGGGGAAGUACGGGGAGGAGGUGAAGCUCAUCUACCAGCUGCAGGACCAGGGCGGGGAGCUGCUGGCCCUGCGCUACGACCUGACUGUGCCCUUCGCUCGCUAUCUGGCCAUGAACAAGAUCACCAACAUGAAGCGCUACCACGUCGCCAAGGUCUACAGGAGGGACAACCCGGCCACCAGCAGGGGCCGCUACCGGGAGUUCUACCAGUGUGACUUUGACAUCGCUGGGCAGUUCGACCCCAUGAUUCCCGACGCCGAGUGCCUGAAGAUCGUGCACGAGAUCCUGAGCGACCUGCAGCUGGGGGACUUCCUCAUUAAGGUCAACGACCGACGGAUCCUGAAGGGUGUGUUUGCUGCUUGUGGCAUCCCAGAGAGCAAGUUCAUCACCACCUGCUCCACGGUGGACAAGCUGGACAAGAUGCCGUGGGAAGAGGUGAGGAGCGAGAUGGUGGGAGAGAAGGGGCUGUCUCCUGAGGCUGCAGAUCGCAUCGGGGAGUACGUGCAGCUGCAGGGCGGCCUGGGCCUGGUGGAGCGGCUGCUGCAGGACCCCAAGCUGUCCCAGAACAAGCUGGCCAAGGAGGGGCUGGGGGACAUGAAGCUGCUGUUCGAGUACCUGGCGCUGUUUGGCAUCACGGGGAAGAUCUCCUUCGACCUGAGCCUGGCGCGGGGCCUGGACUAUUACACGGGGGUGAUCUUUGAGGCUGUGCUGCUGCAGCAGGAGAACCAGCACGUGGAGGAGCCCGUCAGCAUGGGGAGCGUGGCCGGGGGCGGCCGCUACGACGGGCUGGUGGGGAUGUUUGAUCCCAAGGGACGGAAGGUGCCCUGCGUGGGGGUCAGCAUCGGGAUCGAGCGGAUCUUCUCCAUCCUGGAGCAGAGAGUGAAGGCUUCUGGGGAGAAAGUUCGGACGACUGAGACAGAGGUGCUGGUGGCUACACCUCAGAAACACUUGCUGGCUGCAAGACUGAAGCUCAUCUCUGAGCUGUGGGAUGCAGGGAUCAAGGCAGAGAUGCUGUACAAGAAGGACCCGAAGCUGCUGAAGCAGCUGCAAUAUUGUGAGGACACGGGGAUCCCCCUCGCUGCCAUUGUUGGGGAGCAGGAGCUGAUGGACGGGGUGGUCAAGCUGCGAGACGUCGCAACGAGAGAGGAGGUUGACAUCCCGAGGGAAAAGCUGAUUGAUGAGAUCAGAAGGCGUCUGGAGCCCUAGGACAUCUCUGGCUAGAGCUGCUGUGCCACAGGAACCCUCCAGCCAGGAGCCAUUUGCUUCCCAUGGAAGUCUGGUCACCAUCCACUGGCUGGGCCGAGGCAGUGUCAGCACCAGGCAUCUGCUUGGGAUGGAGCAAGGGGAAUUAAAAGCUGGGGACAGUGCAGUCACUGAGCUAACCACCAGGAGUUCAUCCACCUGGUGAGCUGCUCUGAGGGAUGGUCAGUAACUGCAGAGCCAUGUCCAGGCUGGAGGUGGCACGGGCACAGAUGGACAUGGGGCAGCUCAAGCAGGACCAGGCUGAGCUCCAGCAUCGGGGUGGGGAACUGAGGUGUGCUGAGCACCCACAGGCUCAGAAUAUAGGGAGAGGGUGGCAGGGGGAGGCCACCCCUGCCCCUCCAAGGGCUGCAAGGGGCAGCCUCAGCCUGCAGCUGGGCUCUGCCACCGUGGGUGGGGCUGGAUGAGCCUGGGCUCUGCCACCAGCCUGGGGGGUAUGUGGGGGCCCCCUCAGGGAGGCACACAGGCAGGCUCCCUCUGGGGCAAGCCUGGAGGAGCUCCAUUUUUAUGUAUUUGUGGUGGGUUGACAUUGGCUGGACAGCAGGUGCCCAGCAAAGCCACUGGACAGGAGAGAGAAAAUGUAACAGAAGACUCAUGGGUUGAGAUCUGAUCACUUGGCAAUUGCUGUCACAGGCAGAAGAGGCUCAACCUGGGGAAAUCAGUUUAAUUUCUUGCCAAUGAAAUCAGAGAAGGGUAAUGAGAAAUAAAACCACAUCUUAAAACA